AUGCCCAAAAGGAAGGUCAGCUCCACCCAGGGAGCAGUGAAAGAGGAGCCCAAGAGGAGGUUGGCAAGGCUGUCAGCUAACCCUGCUCCUGCAAAAGUGGAAAUGGAGCCCCCCAAAAAGGGCAGCAAAGGACAAAUCUACAGACAAAAAGUGCAAGCAAAGGACAAAUCUACAGACAAAAAGUGCAAGCAAAGGACAAAUCUACAGACAAAAAGACGGAGGGGAGCAAAUGGAAAACAGGCUAACCAAGUGGCUAAUCAAGAAACUAAAGAUUUACCUGCAGAAAACAGAGAAACUAAAAAUAAGGAGAGUCCAUCUUCUGAUGAUUCAAGAGAGAAAGAAACCAGGUCUGAUUAA